AGCGAGUAGCCUUCAGCCGGUGUGAGUGCCUGCUUCGGUGCACAGACACAGGGCUAGUAGAUGAUGAAGAACGAGGCACAUGGGGACGCGGAAGAUUACACAGAGAGUGAUGACGAGGGGGCAGACGGCUACCGCAAAGGUGGAUACCACCCCGUGCACGUGGGCGAGAUUUACAACGGCCGGUACCACGUAUUGGCGAAGCUGGGUUGGGGCCACUUUUCCACCGUGUGGCUUUGUCAGGACCUCUCAGCAACCCGUUAUGUAGCCAUGAAGGUCCAAAAGAGCGCUCCACACUACACCGAAGCAGCCUAUGAUGAGAUCGAACUCCUGGCCGAGGCAGCCAAAAGAAGCAAAGAUGCAGCAUGGGAGGAAACUCAGAAAGGACCUUUGAGGGAGCUCUUUCCAGAUGGGGGAGAAGGCUUCACCGGAGUAGUCCAGCUCAUUGACUACUUCGAACAUUUUGGUGUGAACGGGAAGCAUGUCUGCAUGGUCUUUGAGACGAUGGGUCCGAACGUUUUGGCCCUCAUCAAGAGGUACAAUUUCAAAGGCAUUCCCGUGGAUAUUGUCCGGAAGGUCACCACUCACACCUUAAUUGGCUUGGAUUAUUUGCACCGGGUUUGUGGCAUCAUCCACACGGAUUUGAAGCCAGAGAACGUGUUGGUGGGCUGCCCCCGGGGCGUUCCCGUGAACAAGACGGGCGUGCCAUUGGUGGGCAAUGUGGAUCCCGCCGCGGUGGCUGCGAACUUCAAGAAGGACACAAGCGCCAAAAGCGAGGAAAAGAAGGGCAAGAAGAAGGACAAAAAGUUUGAUGAAGAAGGUUCAGAUGUCGAAGAUGAAGCUGCACCCAGACCUCCACCUAUGCUGGUCCAUGACCCCAUGCAAACAGCUCCUCCUGAGCCUAUAGAGCCUCCCUACAUGAAGCCAUUUUUGAAGCCAAGCCGAUCAGAUCCCACUCUGUUGUCUUCAUAUGGCGAUGACUCCAUUGCAUUGAACCGGCCUUUGUACAACCACGCGGGAAGUCUGAUGAAGGUCCCUCCUCCCGGAGUCCCCGUGCCGGCUCCCAUGCCGCCCAGCUCCUCUUCCGGAGUAGCCAAGCCGGAGAGUAUUGAUGAGAAAUUGAUCGAGGAGGUUUUGGGUUUGGAUUUGUUUGACCAUGACGGUGUCACCUACAAAGUGGCCGACUUGGGCAAUGCUUGCUGGGUGGAAAGGCACUUCUCAGAUGACAUCCAGACGCGACAGUACCGCUCGCCUGAGACCAUCAUUAAUGCAGGAUAUGAUACCUCAGCAGACAUUUGGUCCUUGGCAUGCAUGGUUUUCGAGCUGGCCACGGGUGACUAUCUGUUUGAUCCCAAAGCCUCAGACGAAUAUCCCCGGGACGAGGACCACUUGGCACUUUUCAUUGAGCUUUUGGGGCCAAUGCCCAAGGAUCUCAUCAGUCGUGGAAGGCGGUCGAGCACGUACUUCAACCGCCGCGGGGAACUUCGACACAUCAAGUCCCUGCGCUAUUGGCCGCUCGCCGAGGUGUUGCUACAGAAGUACCACAUGCAUGCGAUCGAGGCAAAGAGUUUGGCGUCAUUCUUGCUGCCAAUGCUGCAGCUAUUGCCGGAAGACAGGAUUUCCGCCAAGGCUGCCUUGGAGCAUCCAUGGUCAUUGGUGAUUCUCGAUGAGUGCCAUCAAGCGACUGGAAGGCACCCCAUGGCUGAAACGAUUCGGAUCGUGAAGAAGUUGGAACAGGAACUUCGGCCACGGAUUUUGGGACUCACUGCUAGUUUCUACGCCGGAAAAUUGAAACGUAAGCGCGAUUCCGAAGAGGGACGCCUGGAACUGGAAUUGUUGCUGGAUGCGAGUCUCUUCUGUCCAGAUGUUCCCAAUGGCAAACAGCAGGAGUUUAAGCACGUCACCUGGUCUGAGGACGUAACCAGUUCCGAGGCGUUUGAGGCUGCCUUUCUGAAAGAAGUGCAGGUUGUACAGCAGCUGGGGCAACAAAGUCUGGAGGUCUAUGUGAAGAGCUGGACUCAGAAAUGUGUCGUGCGACAGUUGAAGCAGCACUGCGAAGAACUUCAGCAGAUUCAACAGCUUCCGGUGGUUGAGGAGCGAUCAAAUGUGGAGAAACUUCUGCAGAAGCUUCCUUUGCUGCAAGAGUUGACGUCCCAAUUCUAUUCCCAUUUCACAACUCGACCUUGCUUGACCCGUGCACCAAAGAUCUCUGCAAAAGUGGAAAAGCUGUCCCACAUCAUUUUGAAGGAGCAAGACGAGGGCGGAACUGGCGGAAGCAAAGGCAUUGUUUUUGUGGAACAGGUGUGCGUGACGGAGCCCCUGGCAGUGGCGCUCAGUAGAUUGGGCGUCACGGCGGAAGCUGUUUAUGGCAUGCUGCCCAAAAAGGACCUGGAUGCCAUUCUAAAGCGCUUCAAAGAUCCCUGGUUGCGCUUGAGGCAGCGAAAUUUCCAGAUCCUGCUAGAAUCCUAUCUCCAUUUUAUCCAGCCAUCUCUUCAACUGUUUACCUUUUCCUUUAUGUCUCUAGCUGGAGAAUGUUGGCACAUAUCAGGAUCUAAUUGCCCAUUGCCCUGA